UGCUAACAUGGCGCGCGCCUCUGUGAUCGCCAGGCCUCGUCAAGCAGCACAUCGACUCGUACAAUUUCUUUAUCGAACAUGAAAUCAAGGACAUUGUCAAGGCGAACCGCUCCAUCCGAAGCGACCAAGAGAAAGACUUUUGGCUCGAGUUCACCGACAUCCGCGUUGGAACGCCGACCCGCAAUGACUACAGCGACUUCCAGGCUCGCGGCGAGGUCACCCCCAUGGAAUGCCGCCUCCGCGACAUGACCUAUGCCGCGCCCGUCGUCGUCGACAUCGCUUACUCGCGCGACCGGAAAAAGAUCAUCCGGAGAGACAUCCCGCUCUGUCGCAUCCCCGUCAUGCUGAAGAGCGCCAAGUGUUGCCUCAGCGGCGCCACCAACGCUCAAAUGGAGAUCAUGAACGAGUGCCCCCUGGACCCCGGUGGCUACUUCAUCAUCAACGGAACCGAGAAGGUCAUUCUUAUUCAGGAGCAGCUCAGCAAGAACCGCGUCAUCGUCGAGGCCGACGACAAAGGGGGCGUGUCGGCGUCGGUGACGAGCUCCACACACGAGCGCAAGUCCAAGACGUACGUCAUCCUCAAAAAAGACCGGAUAGCCCUCAACCACAACGUGCUCGUCGAACCCAUUCCGAUCGUCAUCGUCCUCAAGGCGCUUGGAGGUCUCUCCGACUACGAAAUCAUGGAGCUGGUGGCAGGCGGAGACGCGAGGUACCAGGACGACUUCCUCAUCAACUUCGACGAGGCGACGAAGGCUGGCGUGUAUACCCAGCAGCAGGCAUUGGAGUACAUUGGCGUCAGGGUCAAGAUGGGAGGCCCCAAGAAGGGGCGGCCCGGUACGGCGCCGCGCCGUAGUCCUGUUGAGGAAGGGCUGGACGCCUUGGCAAACAUCAUCAUCGCCCAUGUGACCAUCGAAGACCUCGAUUUCUACCCGAAGGCCAUCUACAUCGCCAUGAUGGUCCGCCGUGUCCUGAUGGCAGCCCAUAAUCCGAAACUCGUCGAUGACCGUGACUUCGUCGGCAACAAGAGGCUGGAGCUGGCCGGCCAACUGCUCUCCCUGCUCUUCGAAGACUUAUUCAAGAUGUUCGUCGCGAGUCUGAAGGGCAACAUGGAAUAUUUCUUCAAGAAGCCCAACCGGACCUCGGCGUACGACCCCGUCGGGCCCAUCAGUACGCAGGGCCAGAGCAUCACCCAAGGGCUGAACCGGGCCAUUCAGAGCGGGAAUUGGAACGUGAAGCGCUUCAACAUGAACCGAGCCGGCGUCACGCACGUCCUGAGCCGGCUGAGCUACAUUGCCGUGGUUGGUAUGAUGACGCGAAUCAGCAGCCAGUUCGAAAAGACUAGGAAGGUGAGCGGCCCCAGAGCCCUCCAGCCGUCCCAAUGGGGCAUGCUCUGCCCAUCAGACACGCCGGAGGGUGAAGCCUGCGGUCUAGUCAAGAACUUGGCGCUCAUGACCCACAUCACCACAAACGCUGAGGAGCAACCGGUGAGGAAUUGGAUCUUCGGCCUCAUAGAGGGUGUCCAACCGAUCCGAAUGUUCACCGGAACCGAGAUGCACAAGCCUGGAACUUAUAUCAUCCAUCUGAACGGCACGCCUUUUGCCCUGACGCGGCACCCGAAGCAGUUCGCGGCGCGGUUCAAGACCAUGCGUCGCCGCGGCCACAUCUCACCCUUCGUCAGCAUCCACAUCAACGAGCAUUUCUCGGCAAUCCACAUCGCCACCGACGAAGGCCGUAUCUGCCGGCCCUACAUCAUCGUCAAGGACGGGAAGUCGAAGCUCAAGCCUGAGCACUUGAGGCUGCUCCAGCUCGGGAAGGCGACGUUUGAGGAUUUCCUGAAGCGCGGCGUCAUAGAGUACCUCGACGUCAACGAAGAAAACGAUGCGCUGAUUGCCAUCAGCGAGGACGACAUCAACCAAUCGACCACCCACCUGGAAAUCGAGCCGUUUACCAUCCUCGGCGCGGUCGCCGGUCUCAUCCCCUUCCCCCACCACAACCAAUCCCCCCGCAACACAUAUCAGUGCGCCAUGGGUAAGCAAGCCAUUGGAGCCAUCGCGUACAACCAGUUCAACCGCAUCGACACACUCCUCUACACACUCGUCUACCCCCAGCGGCCCAUGGUCAUCACCAAGACGAUCCAGCUCAUCCAUUACGACAAGCUCCCGGCCGGGCAGAACGCCACGGUCGUGGUCAUGUCGUACUCGGGCUACGACAUUGAAGACGCGCUCGUGCUGAACAAGGCGUCCUGCGACAGGGGCUUCGGGCGCUGCCAGGUGUUCCGCAAGUACGCGGCGGAGCUACUGCAGUACCCGAACGGGCGGAAGGACCGGUUGGGAGGUAUCCAGAAGGACGAAGAGGGACGGACGAUCGCGAAACAUGCCUGCCUCGACAAGGACGGGCUUGCCAUUGUGGGCUAUCGGGUGCACUCCGGAGAGACGAUGAUCAUGAAGGAGACGCCCAUCGACCAGACGUCGACCGGCAUAGGGAGUGACCGAGGGUCUGACGACUUCCGCCCGGCUCCGGUCAACUACCGCACCCCCGACCCGGCCUACAUCGACAAGGUCAUGGUGUCGAACACGGAAAAGGACACGGCCAUCAUCAAGGUGCAGACCCGGCAAACGCGCAGACCGGAGCUCGGCGACAAGUUCUCGUCGCGCCACGGGCAGAAGGGCGUUGUGGGCAUCAUCGUCGACCAGGAAGACAUGCCCUUCUCCGACUCGGGCGUCGUGCCGGACAUCAUCAUGAACCCGCACGGCUUCCCGUCGCGCAUGACGGUCGGCAAGCUGUUCGAGUGCCUGACGGGCAAGGCGGCGGUGGUGGCGGGGCGGCGCGACUACGGCUUCGGCGACGCCUUCCGCUCGCAUCCGGUCGAGGAGAUGGGCAGGGUCCUGGUCGAGCACGGCUUCUCGUGGGAGGGCAAGGACUACUUCACGUCGGGCAUCACGGGCGACCCGCACGAGGCGUACCUGUUCAACGGGCCGAUCUACUACCAGCGCCUCAAGCACAUGGUGCAGGACAAGAUGCACUCGCGCUCGAGCGGCCCGCGCGCCAUCCUCACGCGGCAGCCGACCGAGGGCCGGUCGCGCGACGGCGGCCUGCGCCUGGGCGAGAUGGAGCGCGACUGCCUGAUCGCCUACGGCGCCUCCCAGCUGCUGCUGGAGCGGCUGAUGUACAGCUCCGACGCCACCCGCGUCGACAUCUGCGAGUGGUGCGGCCUGCUGGGCUACAAGGGCUACUGCCAGACGUGCAAGAGCACGAGCCAGGUGACCCAGAUGACCAUGCCCUACGCCGCGAAGCUGCUGGUGCAGGAGCUGAUCAGCAUGAACGUCGGCGUGAGGAUCGAGCUGGAGGACCAGUUCCCGCACCCUGCGUAGGUGGGGGAGAGAGACAAAAGGAUAUAGACGGGAUAGAGAGUACAUGGCGUUUGUCGCAUUGGGAGGCGCUGGUGGGUUGGGAUUUUCUAAGUAGCGCUUCGAUUGUAUGUUCGAUAUUAGUGCUGCAUUUUGGCAUAGCCGGGGUUUAGCAUGGCGCCGAAAGAUGGGGGUUUUGGGCGGCUCUAGUUUAUCGAGUAGUGUUGCUCGACAGACAGUCUGUUUUCACGGUCUCUCUAAAGAAUGCUUUAUCGU